AUGGGCAAUCUCCUCUCACCGCACUUCCAGCUAGAAGAGGUCACCGAAAAUGACAUGGUCAUCGCCUCGCUGGCCUGGGGCUUCACCCUGGGUUUCGGUUGGCUCACGAUAUGGACGGCGGUUAAGCAAACUACUGCCAUGUACAGACGGCAGGGCGACCGUAUCUUGCGCAAUUCCUACAUCUGGAUGAUUUGGCUCGAGAUUAUCGUCUGCGUCAUCUUCAGCGUCAUUUGCUGGCUUCAUCUAAAGGGAAUAAUACCGCCAAGCUUUUCGUUUUAUUUUGUUAUUCUCACGACAUGGGCUCUCCAGGUUCAAUUCCUCCUUCAAAUCAUCAUUAACCGCUGCUCGAUCCUCCUCACCAACCAUAAGCUGGCGUGGCGAGUCAAGGUGGGCGUCGCGGUACUCAUCACUGCGAUCAACAUAUCCGUUUACAACAUCUGGAUCCCCGCCCGCCUCCAGAUAUCCGACCGCUACAUCGCGAUCAACGAUUGGUGGGACCGCUGCGAAAAGGUCAUCUAUCUCAUCGUCGACGGCGCCCUCAACAUCUACUUUGUCCGAAUUGUGCAAAAGAACCUAGUCGUGCAUGGAUUGACGAAGUAUAGACGGCUUACGCAGUUCAACAUGUUCAUCAUCGGGUUUUCCCUGAGUAUGGAUGUUCUCAUUAUCGCCAUGAUGAGCUUACAUAACACCUUUGUGUACAUGCAGUUUCACCCAUUAGCCUACAUGGUCAAACUGAAAAUCGAAAUGUCAAUGGCCGAGCUCAUUGGCAAAGUCGCCCGCAAACGAGACAUGGGCAUCCUCUCCGCGGCGGAUUUCAACGGAAACCGAACCUCAUGGCAGCUGUCUGAAUACAGCCUCCAAUUGCCCAGUUACGCCCGUGGCCAAGUCAACGGGCAGACGAACCCCGUCGAGCUCAACAACGUCGCAAACCCGACACGAGGCAAGAACGUCGCGGCAAUCACGUCCAUGCCCUCGAGUAGGCGAGGGUCUAUUGGAACAAGUGCCGAGAGUGCCCCAGAUACACAACAACCGAAGAUGGCAAUAUACAGAACAAGAGAAGUGGUGGUGGAGAUUGAGAGGGUACAAAAGAGCGACGAACCACCACCGAUAGAAGCGACGAGCAGCGGUGGUCAGACAAUACCGGAAGAGAUGUUUGACAGUUUCGUUGUCAUCGACGAAGACGACCCACCGGAAGAGCCGCAACCGCCGCCACAGCUCUCGCUGGCAUUACCAGACAUACAGGCUCCAUGGGCAGGCGGCUUCAGCACAAGGAUAUGGGACGGGACGAACUGCGAACAAGAUCCGUCACUGCCUGCAUCUGUUGCGAAGGUCGGUUCCGGGUGGCAAGAAGAUGCCUAA